AGGUUCGGGGCGAGGCGCCCCCACCCGUUCCGAGCCCGAGGCCCCGCAGGCGCCGCCCUGUGGCCCAGUCUGUCUGGCGAUGCUGGCGCGCUCGCAGGCACUCCGCUCUGCCCUGGCGCGCUCGCGGCCGCGCAAGUCCGGGGGCGGCUUCGGCUCCCCCCGCGACCACGAGCCUCUGUGGAUCGAGAAGUGGAACAAGGACACCCGCCAGGGCAAGGACUCCCUCGACUGGGCCUUCCGCGCCUUCAACGCCACGGGCAUCUACGAGGUGUUCCUGAAGAGCUCGCCGCGCUUCUAUGGCUUCAUUGUCGGCGGGGGCAUGCUCGGAGGCUACUACUGGAGCCGCAUGUGGGACCACGCCUGGAAUUACAUCAACCAGGGCAAGCUCUACGCGCACGUCCCGUACGUGUACCCCGCUCCUGAGGAGGACUGAGCAGCAUCUCCUUUCCUCCCCUGCACCCUCCUCGUGAUCCUUCUCCUCCUCUUCUCGCGUAGGGCUAAGCCUUGCUGACAACAUUGAGCGCCGCAAUAUUGCCGAAGCUGUUAAAACGUAGCACCAA